CAGGAGACAUAGUGGGCGGGGCUUGAGUUUCACGGAGAUCCUGGGAAGACGAAAUGGAGGGGUGUGUGUCUAACCUAAUGGUCUGCAACCUGGCCUACACCGGCAAACUGGAUGAGUUGAAGGAAAGCAUUUUGGCCGAUAGAACUCUGGCUACUAGAACCGAUCAGGACAGCAGAACAGCAUUGCACUGGGCAUGCUCAGCUGGUCAUACAGAAAUCGUUGAAUUCUUGCUGCAACUUGGAGUGCCAGUGAAUGAUAAAGAUGACGCAGGCUGGUCUCCUCUUCAUAUUGCUGCUUCUGCUGGCCGGGAUGAGAUCGUAAAAGCCCUUCUGGUAAAAGGUGCACAAGUGAAUGCUGUCAACCAAAAUGGCUGCACUCCCCUCCAUUAUGCAGCUUCAAAAAAUAGGCAUGAGAUUGCUGUCAUGUUACUAGAAGGCGGGGCAAAUCCAGAUGCUAAGGACCAUUAUGAGGCUACAGCAAUGCACCGGGCAGCAGCCAAGGGUAACUUGAAGAUGGUUCAUAUCCUUCUGUUCUACAAAGCAUCCACAAACAUCCAAGACACUGAGGGUAACACUCCUCUACACUUAGCCUGUGAUGAGGAGAGAGUGGAAGAAGCAAAAUUACUGGUGACCCAAGGAGCAAGUAUUUACAUUGAGAAUAAAGAAGAAAAGACACCCCUGCAAGUGGCCAAAGGUGGCCUGGGUUUAAUCCUCAAGAGAAUUGUAGAAAGUUAAGCAGCUUGGUUCUUUGUAUGUUUUGUUGUCCUCACUAUCCUGGAAACUCUUGUACUAUGCACAAGGCAGCUUGAAUAAAUGAAAACGUUUUCUCACCUUGAUAAUGUACUGCUCCUGCUGAAGUACCUGUUCUAAGCUUACAGCCCACUUUUCAGGCAUCGAAAAACUGUUGGGGUUAUCCUACUGCUGUAGUUUAUUGUCUCCAUUAAAUCUUGAUUAAUUUGGAGUAAGUGGUCCUGUGACUGUCAUGAGUCUUGAGCAUCCUUCCAUCCACCUGCUGUCUUGUUGUGGAACAGAACAUGUCCAGAAGCAGGCAGCCAAUUGUUCUGUCGGAUGGUUGGUUGUAGGUGGCUUCUGUGCAGGUGAAAGAAAUCCUGACUUGUUUUUCAAGCUCACCCAGAGACCGAUGCCAAAUUUCUCUUUUCAACCAUGAGAUUAAUUUAUUUUUGUUACAGAGGGAUGUUUUGUGUUUUAGUGGACCUCAUUUUAAAUUGAGUUGUAUACUCCUAAAAUGAUAAGAACAGUAGCCUGUGUGCCAUGUACCUUUUUAACUAGCCGUUUUCCUCCAGAAUAGACGUCUUUUUUUUUUUUAAAGAAAAUAUGUCUAUAUUGACUCACCUUGAUUUGAAACGUAUUGUCAAGCUUAUUAAAUGAUAUAUAACAAAAAUAUAUUUUGAUUUGUAUUUCAAGUACUACAAACUUGCAUUUCAAAUACUACAAGCAAUAAACUGUUGAAAGAAUCUCCCAAAUUCUCUUUCAAGUUGGUUACACAUUCACUUAAACCUUAAAAUCUUGAGGUAAGCUAUAUUUUUCAGUUGGGGUAGUUCUAAAGUCAAUAAAAUUAGUGGAGCUCGAACUGCAACUAAAAUCCAUAAACAUAGUAAUCUUUUGAAUUUCCAAGAUAUGUAGCAUGAGAGGAAACUAAUAAUUAUAAACUUCAGCUCUUUUUAGUGAAACAUCUUAAUUGAUUAGUAGUCAGCAAAUGUAGUCCAAGUGACUCUUUUAAUUUUAAUUCUAUGCUGCAAUUGUUGCUUGAAAGAUGAGAUCUAAAUAAAUGUACAAACUUUCAUUAAUUUUUGGUUAGAGACUUACAUUACCAGUCAGUAAAAUGAGCCUUGUACAUAUUAGCUGCAUUAUUGUUAAUAAAACUUUUUGACAUGA